AUUUUCACCACGUGGUGAGCGGAGCAGCAACAAAAAGAAUAAAAAACUCGAAAAGUGUCAGAAGAGGAAAAAGGCGAUAAAGCGGAGGAGAAUCUAGCAGAAUUCGAGAAUUUUUCAGCCCAGAAAUGACGACGGAUGCACAGAAUGUCCACGUACAAAAUGGUGGCAGCUGCGGCGAGGCGGUGCAGUCGAACGGGGUGACCACCAACGGGCACCACCACCAGAACCACCACAGCAGCAGCAGCGGCAGUAGCAGCAAGCAUAAAUCCUCCAGCAAGGACAAGCACCGUGAUAAGGACAGGGAGCACAAGAGCUCCAGCUCCUCCAGCUCGUCGAAGGAACACAAAAGUAGCAGUCGCGACAAGGACCGACACAAGAGCAGCAGCAGCAGCAGCUCCUCGUCGAAGCACCGCGACAAGGACAAGGAGUCCCAUCGCAGCAGCAGCAGCAGCUCCUCGUCCGGCCACCGAGAUAAGGACAAGGAUGGGAGCAGCAGCAAGCACAAGUCCUCCUCGUCGUCGUCGUCGUCAUCGUCGUCUGGCCACCAUAAGAGCUCCUCGAAAGACAAGGAGCGACGGGACAAGGACAAGGAGCGCAGUAGCAGCAGCAGCAGCUCCUCCAGCCGACACAAGUCCUCGUCGUCGUCGUCAAGCUCCCGUGAUAAGGAGCGCAGUAGCAGCAGUCACAAGAGCUCGUCGUCCUCUUCCUCGUCAAAGAGCAAACAUUCCAGUUCAAGUUCGCGCCACAGCAGCAGCACGUCGUCAAAAGAUCCGCCCUCCUACGACGGUGUGUUCGUCAAGCCAGAGCCCGUCUCGCAAGCGCCAAUGCAGGAGUCCCUGGAUCCAUUCCAGAUGCAGCAGCACCACCAGCAGCUCGGCGGCUACGAAGCCAACUGCAAUGGCAACGGCAACGGCGGCAUGGGGGCCUCCAGCUACAAGAACGGCUAUGAAGAAUCGAUCCACGUGGACAUCAAGAAGGAGGACGAAAGCUUCAACAACCUCUCCCAGGCCAGCUCGUGCGACUACUCCAUGUCCCAGUUUCGCUCCGACGAGCCGCCGUUCGAGGUGAAGAACGAGCAGAGCUACGCAGAGGAGGACAGCACAUUGAACGACGACCAGGACGACGAUGAUGAGAAUGAUAAUGACAACGACAACGAGGAUAUGGACGAUGACCAGGAGGACAUUCCGCUGGCCAUGCGUAAGCGCAAGCAGGAGCCAGUGGAUCAGGGCGAGGACGACGACGACGACGUACCGCUGCUGGCGCGCAAGAAGGUCAAGAAGGAGCCCAAGGAGAAGAGCAAGAAGCGCGUCAAGGAGGAGGUCGACGACGACUAUUCCAGCGCCAAGCCCAAAAAGAAGAAGAUCAAAAAGGAACUCCAAGCGAAGACCGAGGUUACAGCUUCGCCCACCAAGCGCCAGAAGGUCAAGGAGGAGGAAGAGGAGGUCUGGAGAUGGUGGGAGGAGGAGAAGCGCGAGGAUGGCGUCAAGUGGUCGACCCUGGAGCACAAGGGCCCUGUCUUCGCACCGCCCUACGAGCGAGUGCCUCGCAACGUGCGCUUCUAUUACGACGGCAAGCCGCUGGAGCUCUCCGAGGAGACGGAGGAGGCGGCCACCUUCUACGCCAAAAUGCUGAACCACGACUACUGCACCAAGGAUGUGUUCAACACGAACUUCUUCAAGGACUUCCGCAAGUCGAUGACCUCCAAGGAGAAGGAGAUCAUCAAGGACUUCCGCAAGUGCAACUUCCAGGAGAUGCACAACUACUUCCAGGCGGAGUCCGAGAAGCGCAAGGCCGCCACCAAGGAGGAGAAGCUGGCGAAGAAGAACGAGAACGAGGCGCUGGUCAAGGAGUACGGCUUCUGCAUGAUCGAUGGCCACAAGGAGAAGAUCGGCAACUUCCGCCUGGAGCCGCCGGGCCUGUUCCGCGGCCGUGGAGAGCAUCCCAAGAUGGGCAUGAUCAAGCGCCGCAUCCAGGCCAGUGACGUGUCGAUCAACUGUGGCAAGGAGUCGCAUGUCCCGUCCCCGCCGCCGGGCCAGCGAUGGAAGGAGGUGCGCCACGACAACACGGUCACUUGGCUGGCCUCCUGGAUCGAGAACGUGCAGGGGCAGGUGAAGUACAUCAUGCUGAAUCCCUCGUCCAAGCUCAAGGGCGAAAAGGAUCACAUCAAGUACGAGACGGCCCGACGCCUGGACAAGGUGAUCGACAAGAUUCGCGCCACCUACCGCGACGAGUGGAAGUCCAAGGAGAUGCGCGUCCGGCAGCGGGCGGUGGCCCUCUACUUCAUCGACAAGCUGGCGUUGAGAGCGGGUAACGAGAAGGACGAGGAUCAGGCCGACACCGUCGGCUGCUGCUCCCUCCGCGUCGAGCACGUCCAGCUGCACAAGGAGCUCAACGGAAAGGAGAACGUUGUUGUGUUCGACUUCCCCGGUAAGGAUUCGAUUCGUUACUACAACGAGGUCGAGGUGGAGAAGCGCGUCUUCAAGAACCUCGAGCUCUUCAUGGAGCACAAGAAGGACGGCGACGACCUCUUCGAUCGCCUCAACACCCAGGUCCUCAACGAACAUUUGAAGGAGCUGAUGGACGGACUCACGGCCAAGGUAUUCCGUACGUACAACGCCUCGAAAACACUGCAGAGCCAGUUGGACCUGCUCACCGAUCCGAGUGCAACGGUGCCGGAGAAGCUGCUGGCCUACAAUCGCGCCAACCGAGCCGUGGCCAUUCUCUGCAACCAUCAGCGUUCCGUGCCCAAGGGCCAUCAGAAGUCAAUGGAGAAUCUGAAGGAGAAGAUCAAGGCCAAGCGCGAUGCCAUCGACGACUGCGAGGCCGAAUAUCAUGAUUUGAAGAAGGCUGCUAAGCGGGGCUCCGUCAAGGAAAAGGUGCUGGCCGACAAGAAGGGCAAGCAGCUGGAGCGCCUGAAGGAGCAGCUGAAGAAACUGGAACUACAAGAGACUGAUAGAGACGAGAAUAAGACCAUUGCCCUGGGCACAUCUAAGCUAAAUUAUCUCGAUCCUCGCAUAUCGGUGGCCUGGUGUAAAAAGCACGGAGUGCCGAUCGAGAAGAUCUUCAACAAAACGCAAAGAACCAAAUUUCUGUGGGCCGUGCACAUGGCCGAUGAGAACUAUCGUUUUUAAAUGGUUUCUCACUGCCUCGCCCAGGAGCCCCUCCACAGACCCACUUAACAUAGAACACACACAGGCAGUGCAGGUGAAAACAGAAAACAGAAACAGAGGAUAUGAACAAGUAACAGAAUACACCCACCACAAAGAGUCCGGCUUGCGGACUCCAAGCUAGCCUCUUCCCCUCCAGGAAGCUUAUGCAAUGGUAGUGCAUAUAUCCAGCUUUCGGGGAGCGUGCUUGAGAGGAGGACGGAGGACAAGGAAGAGACAGAGACAGAGAGAAGAUGAGGUGCUAGCCUGGGGUCUGCGGCCCAAAGCUGUGUUGUCUGCUCUGAAUCGUUGAAAUAUAUAUCAAGUGCGCACUAAGCUAAAGUCUAACUUGCGAAAUGUACACACUUCCACACGAAACAAACACACACCCACACCCCUUUCUAUGCCCGUAUAUAUGUAUAUGAAUAUAUAUAUACGAUAUUAUAUAUAUAAAUUAAAAUAUAAACAGCAACACCAGCAGAUGAGUUGAAGGAAAUACGACUUCGCCGCCGCCGCCGCCUAAAAACAAAUAAAGAAUAAUUCUCUAUGUUACCAUUCAAAUAUUUUCAAAUAGGUCGUAUACUCUAUUUUAAGUUUUAAUUAAUAAUUAAAACAAAUCGGAAAACGCUAAAGCAGAAGCAAAAACAAACGCAACGCAAACGAGAUACAAACAACAAAACAAACGCAAGCAAACGAAAAAUAAUAGAAUUAAAGAUUUUUAUGUUUACCUGUAGUUGAUUUUUGUUUAGCGAAAAAUGUCUUUCACUAUUAAUUGAUAAUUUAUAUCGUACGGUUACGUAUUUAAGUGCUUACUGAACAGAGAAUUAUAUUUUAAUAAUUUAAUUCAACAAUUCAAUUCAAAUCGGAUCCAGCGCAUCUAUCUCCCCGCCCAACGGAAACAUAAUUUAAUAUACAUAUAAAGCAAAAGCUCAGCGUCCGCUGAUGCUGCGCGGUACCUUAUGAUUUUAGUUAAAAUUCUAAUUAACAAAUGCUACCGUUUUUUUUUUAUAUAUACAUAUAUAAAUAUACCUUUUUUUUGUUUAAAUACAAAUGUUUAUAUUUUAAGACGGCCCUGGUUGUGUUUUCGGCUCUGGUUUGAAGCGAGUAGAAAACCGAACCAGGACUUUAAUUCAUAAUUUUUAUACCAUAUAGACAGGUUUCAAAUUCUGUUGAGUUUAAAAACAAAAUUGCAAAUCAAUCAAUGAAUCACCAAAACCACAGGCAAGAGCAGUCGAAACGAAAUCUUUAACUAAAAGAAAAACAUUACAAAUAGGAUUCUUUAGUACAUAUGUGCAAUUAGGUGGCUAAAAAACUAUAAAAAAGGAAAAUUGUAAAAAUCAAUCGUCCAUUAAUGGCCAGCUCUCGCCCUGAUAUUUUGUAAUAUUUAAGUUUGUAUUGAUUGUAAUUUCAACGAUUCUGAACUUAGCCCGAUUUUAUUCAGAACGUGCUGGGCGAGAAGUGGCCUCCUGAUUGGACACAUAAUCCGAAUGGGAAUAAGAACAUUACCUUGGCCCGUCAUAUUGGUUUACGAUGUUUGUAUUUAGCUGUAUUUUUACCUACACAAAUCGAGAUGGACGGUUAGAUGAGUUCUUCGACGACCCGGCCUCACACACCUUAGCAUAAAUUGCAAGAGCGCAUUGCAAAUAAAGAUCGGUCUAUAUAUUUAUGUAUGAAGUAUAUGGAAACAACCUACACAUAUGAUAAUUAGUAACCUAAAAUAAACAAACACGAAACAUUUGCUAACGUAUGUUGUGGACGCACAGGCAUACGGGCGGAGUAGGUUCGCAUAAGUGACAACGCUUUCAAAAGGCAACAAAAAUAAAUAAAUCGUGUAGACUCCUUUUAACCCCUUUUCCCCCUAAAAAAAAGCCCCUCACUCACAUAUAAACUUGGCAUAUUACAAUAUUGAUAUAAGCAAGGAAAAACAUGAAACGAAAUGAUAAGAAAAAACCUAUUUUAAAACGAAAACAAAUUAUAUAUAUAUAAAAAAUUAAAAAUAAGUUAAAGUAAUUGUAAUGGAAUGAUGCAAAUAUACAUACAAUAUAUAUUUAAUUUUUAAAAUGAAA